GAAUUUGUUAAUUAUAGUACUCUGGCAACAUUCGUGAAUAAAAAGGUGAAAGUUUGACAUUUCGCACGGCAUACAAAUUUGGAGAAAAGAGGUUAGCUAGUAUUAUGUCAACAGAGGAUUUCUAUUUACGAUACUACGUCGGCCACAAAGGCAAAUUCGGUCAUGAAUUUCUGGAGUUCGAGUUCCGGCCGGAUGGUAAAUUGCGGUAUGCCAACAAUUCUAACUACAAAAACGAUACAAUGAUCCGCAAAGAAGCCUUUGUACAUCAGUCUGUAAUGGAAGAGUUAAAAAGAAUAAUAUUAGAUUCUGAAAUUAUGGCUGAAGAUGAUUCACCCUGGCCUCCACCGGAUCGUGUGGGCAGACAGGAAUUGGAAAUUGUCAUUGGUGAUGAACAUAUAUCCUUCACUACCUCGAAGACAGGAUCUCUUGUCGAUGUAAACCGGUCAAAAGAUCCGGAAGGUCUACGUUGCUUUUACUAUUUGGUCCAAGAUUUAAAGUGCUUGGUGUUUUCAUUAAUUGGACUGCACUUCAAAAUUAAGCCAAUAUAAUAGUGUAAUUUAGUAGCAUCAUUUAUACACACAUACAUAUUUAACUUUCCAUUUUGUACUGACAAAAUAAUUUGCUUUUAUCUGAAUUAAAGUAUAAAUAAAUCAUUCAAAUUCUUGUUUUACAAU